AUGGCGCUGGGCUGCGGCCAAGGCGGGCGGCUGUGGGGGCGGGCCCGCCUAGGGCGCCCCGCGCUGAGGCGGCGGGCGGCGGCAGGGUCCCCCGCGCGGCCCUACGCGGCGGGCGGCGGCGGCGGCGGCGAGGCGGCGAGCGCGGAGGCGCUGCUGGAGGUGUGCCGGCGGCGGCACUUCCUGCGGGGCGGCGCGGCGCUGCGGCCCUGGCGCUCUUACCUCAGCGGCUGCCCGCCGGGCUUCGGGCCCCUGGGCGUGGCGCUGCGCGGCAACCUGGCGGCGCAGUGGUGGGAGGCGGUGGCCGCCUUCCGGGAGCAGGUGCUCGCCGUGGAGGCGCCGCUGCACGGCCCGCCCGGCCCGGGCGCGCCGCCGGCGGGGCAGGCUCUCCGGCUGGUGCCCUCCGAGACGCUGCGCGAAGCCCUCCGGGGCGCGGGCGGCGGCCGGGAGCCGGGCGGCCGCCCCGCGGAAGAGGUGCUGGAGGCCGCGGGGUUGCUCCGCGAGUCCCUGCUUCCCGGUGCUUUAGCACAGUACAUUAACUGUUUAGAGUUGGUAAACAAGAGACUGCCUUGUGGCCUUGCUCAAAUUGGAGUAUGUUUUCACUCUAUUCCAGAAAGUGAACAAUGCAACGAAAACCUCAGCAGAAUAGGCGAAAGGACCACAUCUUCCCUUGUAUGGUUUAGCUCUGCCAGAACUGCAGGACAAUGGCUUGAUUACUGGUUACGUCAGAGGCUCCAGUGGUGGAGAAAGUUUGCCAUAGGCCCAUCUAACUUCAGCAGCAGUGACUUUCAGGAUGAAGAAGGAAGAAGAGGAUUUAAUUUAUACUAUGGCUUUCCUUGGGGGAAGGAAGCAAUAGAAACACUGACAAAUCUCGGUGAUGCUGAACUGUUAAAAAUGUAUCCAGAGAAUAGAUCAAAAUUACUUGGCCGAGAUGGAAGGAAGAAUGUUAUUCCUCAUGUUCUAUCUGUGAGCGGAAAUCUGGACAGAGGAGCAUUAGCGUAUCUCUUUGAUUCUCUACAGCUAGUUGAGAAUCCGUUAAUAAAAAAGAAAAAUUCACAGAGAAAGGUACUUAAGCUUCACCCUUGUUUAGCACCUAUUAAAGUGGCCUUGGACGUAGGAAAAGGUCCAACAACAGAGCUGAGACAGGUUUGUCAAGGAUUAUUCAAUGAACUGUCAGAAUGCAGAAUUUCUGUAUGGCCAGGAUAUCUUGAAACCAUGCAGAUAUCUUUGGAGCAACUUUAUACAAAAUAUGAUGAGAUGAGCGUUCUCUUCACUGUAUUGAUAACUGAUGCUACUCUGGAGAAUGGAGUGGUCCAGCUGAGAAGCAGAGACACCACCAUGAAGGAAAUGAUGCACAUUUCUAGGCUGAAGGACUUCUUAACUAAGUACAUAACAUCAGCGAAAAACAUAUAGACUUUAACUCAGUAAUAAAAGGAAUUUCUUAAA